AUGUAUACCCACCCCAUUAUCACAGACCAGAAAAACUUUGACCCUGCUAAAUUCCUGUUCCCAAGUAGUCGCACGGAACAACGACAAAAGCAAGGUGCCACGUGUCACCAAGUGGAAAAUUUCAAUUUCAUAUCACCUAAUUUUCGGAGUGCUGCUAAAACAUUCCUCGUCACGUGGUUGGCUAGGAAGAUUCUCCGGAACGUUGAGAGGUCAAGUGAGUGCGGUGUUGGGAGAGGCCAUUCGACGAAAGAUAUUUCGUCCAAUAUUUCCCCGCAUUUGCAACGGACAAUUUCAUUCUGUCGGAUCUGUCCGCCUGUAUAUUGGUCUUAUAAUAUUCACUUCUGUCUGUUUAUCUAUCUGAUUAUCGACGUUCGCCUUUCCUGUAUAAUUCGAUCACUACGUUUGCAUAUUCAUAUCUAUCUAUCUAUCUAUCUAUCUAUCUAUCUAUCUAUCUAUGUCAAUCUCAUCAUAUUCAUCUCUCUAGCGGCUCGUAAUGCAAAAUCGAAGAGCCGACUUCGGAUUCCAGUCGGGUUCGUUACAUUACAAUGA